CAUGUCUCCUUGAACAACAUCCUCUCCAACUCAACUCACAUUUUCUUUUCUUCAGUGUAUCCCGUUUGUCCGGGAUAUUCCAAACGUGGACUUUUAAAGAAGAGUGAGAGAGAAAAGUAAGAGCAAUGGCAGCCAUGGCACAGAACGUUACCAGCGUGCCCGACAACCUCACCAACCAGUUCGCCCAGCCACCGUGGCGCGUGGCGCUCUGGUCUCUCUCCUACAGCGCGUUGGUCGCGGUGGCCGUGUUCGGCAACCUCAUCGUCAUCUGGAUCAUUCUGGCCCACAAACGCAUGCGGACGGUCACCAACUACUUCCUGUUGAACUUGGCGUUUUCCGACGCGUCGGUGGCGGCGUUCAACGCGCUGGUGAACUGUAUCUACGCCACCCACGGGGACUGGUACUUUGGUGAGGCGUACUGCAGAUUCCACAACUUCUUCCCCGUCACGGCCGUGUUUGCGAGCAUCUAUUCCAUGACGGCGAUUUCGGUGGACAGGUACAUGGCCAUCAUCCACCCACUGAAGCCGCGCCUCUCCGCCACGGCCACCAAGGUGGUGAUAGUGUGUAUCUGGGGGCUGGCGGUGGUGCUGGCCUUCCCCAACUGCUUCUACGCCACCAUCAGAAGGUACCCUCGCAGGACGAGCUGCUACGUGAACUGGCCGCGCGGCAACCAGGACUCCUUCAUGUACCACAUCAUCGUGGCCAUACUGGUGUAUUUGCUGCCCCUAGUGGUGAUGGGCAUCACCUACUCCAUCGUGGGGGUCACACUGUGGGGAGGAGAGAUCCCAGGGAACUCCUCUGAUAACUACCAUGGACAGUUGAAGGCCAAAAGAAAGGUGGUGAAGAUGAUGAUAAUCGUGGUGCUGACCUUUGCCCUCUGCUGGUUGCCCUACCACAUGUACUUUGUGGUGACGGGGGUGUUCAAGUCGCUGACCCGCUGGAAGCACAUCCAGCAGGUGUACCUGGCCGUGAUGUGGCUGGCCAUGAGCUCCACCAUGUACAACCCCAUCAUCUACUGCUGCCUCAACAGCAGGUUCCGGGCGGGCUUCAAACGUGCGUUCCGCUGGUGUCCGUUCAUCAAGGUGUCCAGCUACGACGAGCUGGAGCUGCGGACCACUCGGCUGCACCCUGCGCGCCAGAGCAGCAUGUACACGCUGUCGCGCAUGGACACCAGCGUCAUGGUGACCUCCGACCCCGCCGACACUGACGGUGCCACCACCACCACCGCCGCCCCCAGGAAGCCGCAGCCGCUCGCCGCCCGGAAGAAGAGCUACGUCACCGCGCGGCACGCCGACAUCGGCGGGGUCGGCGACACAAAUGGCGGCAGCACCAACGGCGGUGGGGCCGGCGAAGGCAUGAAACCCAAGGAGUUCUCCUAAGCGGCAGGAGUUUUUUUUUCUUAAUUUGGGGUGAUGGAGUGU